GACCGGCGGUCGCAGCGGCAGCUCAAUCGACGCCGCUGGCAGAGCGCCUGCAGCGCUUUCGAUAUCGCCAGCAGUUGCAGUUGCAGCAAGAGCAGCAGCAGCAACAACAAUCGAAUACUGAUAUCGACGUAUAUGAUAGCCCCUUCAACGGCCAGCUAUCAGCUGAACAAAUAGGCGUAGCCAAUUGGCGGAGGGGAAACCUCGCAGGGCCCAUUGGCGGGAGAGCUCCAGUUGAAGCUGAGUACUCAGCGGAGCAGGAGGAGCUGCCGCCGGAUCGAGUGCUAUACCCAGACUCGCAGCCGGAGGAGGAGGAGGCAGCGCCACGACGCCGCGUUGUUAUCAGGCGUCGCAUAGUGCGCACCAGUCGCACCACAUCACAAGAUCAACAAACUGCCGAGGCUGUUGCGCAAUCCUGCAAAGAUAGCUCAGCUCCUGCCGAGAUCAACGGACGCAAUCUGGGCUGGCUGACCAGGCUGCGCAGCUUUGGAUCGAUCAAUAGGAAAAACCAAGGGACUGCCGCACCCACUAAACUUGGCCAGCAAAAAGCCAUUUCAGCUGCAAGCAACAACAGUUGCAACACCAAUCCCAUCAUGGCCGUCCUGCGUACUAUGAAAUUAAAGGAGCGACUGGUCAUCAGUCUGGGCGCCACCCUCGUGCUGCUCACCCUCCUGCUCAUCGUCGAUGUGCAGAUGGACUUCGGGGUGGCCAAUCGCCACCUCCUUCAGCAGCAGCACCAGAAGAUCCGCCUGGGCAACGACUAUGAUGCCACGGGCGGCGGUGGAAUGCUGCACGAGUUCAAGCGCAAAUUCCUGCAGAAGAGCAACUCCUCGGGCUCCAAGGAGGCGUCCACGCAGGCGGGAGCGAGCCAGAGUGGCGGUGCGACCAGUGGUCAGGAUGCGGCGGCCGGAGCCUCGGGCGGAGCAGCUGGACCUGCCACAUCACGGGGCACAUCCACGAGGAAGCCCGCGCCGCAUGAUCGCUAUGUGGAUCUGCAGAAGCACCUGCUCAGCGAGGAGUACUCGCAUGUGAUUGUGGACAAUGCGCCGGAUGUGAGGAGGGACAAUCCCACGCUGGCCGAGAUGCUGCACCGCAAGGCCAGUGCAAAUGCCAGCAAUUUGGAGCACUUCCAAUUGCGCAUCACGAAGAAGGAGCUCUACGGCGAGCAGGACACUCUGGUGGAUGCGGUGCUACGUGACAUGAUCAAGCUGCCAAUACAGCAUGUUGUGCAAAAGGAGGGCGGCACACAGCUGAAAUUGAUCAUCGAGUACCCAAACGAUAUCAAGGCCUUAAUGAAGCCGAUGCGCUUUCCGCGGGAGCAGCAAACGCUGCCCAACCACUUCUACUUCACGGACUACGAGCGCCACAACGCCGAGAUUGCCGCCUUCCACCUGGACAGGAUCCUGGGAUUCCGGCGUGCCAUGCCCGUGGCCGGCCGUACACUGAACAUUACGACCGAAAUUUAUCAACUGGCCGAGGAGAAUUUAUUGAAGACGUUCUUUGUUUCGCCAUCGCUGAAUUUAUGCUUCCAUGGCAAGUGCUCGUACUACUGUGACACCUCGCAUGCCAUUUGCGGCAAUCCGGACAUGUUGGAGGGCUCCUUCGCCGCCUUUCUGCCCAACUUCGAGUCGGGCAAUCGCAAGGGUCGCAAGCUGUGGCGGCAUCCCUGGCGACGCUCCUACCACAAAAGGAAGAAGGCCCAAUGGGAGACAGAUGCCAAUUAUUGUGCCCUGGUCCGGGAUAUUCCGCCCUACGACGAGGGCAGGCGACUGUACGACCUCAUGGACAUGGCCGUCUUUGAUUUCCUCACUGGCAACAUGGAUCGUCAUCAUUACGAGACAUUCAAGGUCUACGGCAACGAGACCUUCCCCCUGCAUUUGGACCACGGCCGUGGUUUCGGGCGGCCCUUCCACGACGAGCUCUCCAUCCUGGCGCCCGUGCUGCAGUGCUGCCUGAUACGCAAGUCGACGCUCGUGAAGCUGCUGGAGUUCCACAAUGGUCCCAAGCCGCUGUCCCAGCUGAUGAGCGAGUCCCUGAGCCAGGAUCCCGUCAGUCCGGUGCUCUGGCAGCCGCACCUGGAUGCCCUGGACCGGCGGACCGGCAUCAUCCUGCAAAGCAUACGCGACUGCAUAAAGCGCAAUCCGCCGGGCGACGUGGACGGAUCCGAGGCGGACGUCUCCUCGUAGCGAUGAGGAGGCGACCGGAGUGGGCCCCCAAAUCAUCCUAGAGCAUUAGUUUAAAUCCCCUAGCUGUUAGUCGCGUGUCCUGGUCCUGUGUGUUGAAACUGAAACUGAAACAAAAACAAUUAGCGUUAAUGUUGGUGGCAAUCUUGGUCUUUGAAAAAGAUCAACGUCCUAAGUGAAGGGAACCCUGUCGCUCUGUCUGCACAUACCAAAAACAAAAGGGAAACAAGAAUUAGAAAAUGAAAGGAAAAAGAAAAAGGAUAAGGAGGCCAAGAGCCGAGGGCGGAAAUGAAUUCACUCUAAUGGGCAGCUGGAAAAUGCUAUGAUUGGCUAUGAAAUUCGAGUACCUCCCACCCAAUCGCACACCCAAAUCAAACCGAGCACUAUCGUACGCUUACAGUGGGUGCCAAAAGUAAACGAAACAACUUGAACGGAAAAGUAAAAACUAAUAUAGGGCAAAUCUUGACAUUUUGCCAGCGUGCGCCAGAAGGAAACUUGUUUAAAAGACUAUAAAACAUAAACAACAAGAACUAAAACUGAAAGGAUAACUACAAAAACAAAAAAAAAUUGAAACUAUUUUCUAAAUAUUUAUUUAUAAUUUUUUCAUACAUUUUAUGACUUUUACAUAUGUGUGUGUGCAUACACUUUUCACGUAUGCAAAGCUGCCCCAACUCCCACGCCCAUUCUCAAGAAAAGUUGUUGCAAGUUUAGUUCGUAAGUUGACCUAACAUUAUGAUCGAUAUCAGGCGUAGCUUUAUCCGAUUCAAGGAUCGUCUUAUUAGUUAGUCCAAUCAGUUCCAGCGAGAAUCAUGUACUUCAUCAUGUCGGAAGCAAAACAAAUGAGUAACCACUACUGCUGUUAACAAUCUAAUUAAUACUAUUAUUGAGUACAUAGCUAAGUUAAAUUUGUUUUUAUUAUUGUAACGUUUUUCAAUUGUACCUUGAGUGGUUGAGCUAGAGAGCAUCGAUUGGCCAAGAAAAGAGAAAAGAGAAAAGAGACAGGUGAAUAGAGUGUGAAACUAUGAAGAGACAACAACAAAAUUGUGUUAGACAUAGUAAAAUUUUAGUGAAAAUUUCUGAUGUAAUUAAUAAAAAAUACCAAAGAAA